GGGCUGUGCCUCAGCCUGCGAAACCUGCCCUGGUUCACCCAGGCAGACCCCGACAUCUUCUUCCCCCGGUGCUACCUGCUGGGGAACCCAGAUGAAUGGCAAGCCUUCAUCAUGGGGCCGGGGCCCCUGCUGCCCCCCCAGCUGGUGGAGGAGGCCCUGCAGAUCUGCAGGCAGCACCUGGGCAGCCUGGGGCACCAGGACAUCGACAGGGACACCUCGUCCCCCCGUAUUGUGGGCACCGACUGGGACCGCUUCCUGCAGGCAUACUACAGCGUGGUGCAUGACAGGGCCAGGCUGGCGCUGAGCGGGACGCAGCGGGAGCAGUGUCAGGCCCUGCUGCGGUGCCUGGCGGAGCAGCUGCCCCAGCUCGGCAUGGAGGGCGACCACAACGUCUGGAUCGUCAAGCCUGGCGCCAAAUCCCGCGGCAGGGGCAUUGUCUGCACGGCGCGGCUGGAAGAGGUGCUGCAGCUGGCGGGGGGCUGCGUGGCACCCUCAGUGCGGGCAGGCAAGUGGGUGGUACAGAAGUACGUGGAGCGGCUGCUGCUCAUCUUUGGCACCAAAUUCGACAUCCGUCAGUGGUUCCUGGUGACUGACUGGAACCCGUUAACCAUUUGGUUUUAUGGAGAGAGCUACCUGCGCUUCUGCUCCCAGCU